UAACAAAUUACCAUAGCGCCCUCUGUAAACAAUGUUAGAAGUGUAGCGAACACGUGAAAAAUGUCGAAGUGCAAAGUAGAAUUGGCAUAUCAGAUUUUAAAAGAAUUGCAUGGAGAAGUGGUAGCAGAGAUAGCCCGUCACUUGAUGAAGUUUGGACCAAGACACAUAAAGUUAAUCAGUGAAGUAACUCAACUGAGAGUUGACCAGAUCAAAAAAGGAAUCUGUAUUCUAAUUCAGCAUAAUUUUGUGAAAUUUGAUCGUAAUAAAAAAGGCGUCACAGAAUAUGCAAUAAACACUGAUGCUGUCAGCCUUCAGCUAAGAUAUCCUAGAUAUAUUUAUUGUGCAAAGACAUUGUAUGGCGAUGCUGCUGAACUGCUAGUGGAAGAAUUAUUACAGAAUGGUCAAUCAUUAAUGAGUAUAGCUUCGGAACGAGUAACCCAAAGAUUAAAUGAAGCCCUAGAAGCAACAGGAAAUCCAAAAAUAACAUCAAGUUUGGUUCGAGAUAAAUUUGGAUUAAUGGUAAAAACACAUUUUUUGCGAAGAUGUCAAACAGUUCUGACAGAUGAUGAAAAUCGAGUUAUAAGCUCAGAAGAACCUAAAGAAACAGAAUCCUUGUUUAUUCUCCCACCCUUAGAAGUUGGUUCUAAAAGAAAACGAAACCCAGAUGGAUCUGGUCCACCUUCAAAACGUUCAAAAACAGAGGAAAUGGAUAUUCCUCCUGACGACGGUGUAUAUUGGAUGGUUAAUGUGGAACGAUUUCAUCAAUAUUUUAGAGAUCAGCUGAUAAUAAACUGUGUCAACAGUAAAAUAGACAAGCAAGCUGGUGAAAUUAUAAGGAAUAUGUUGCGAUUAAGUGAAAUUAAAACUGAACCACAUUCUACUGUAUCAGCUACCAUGACAAUAACUGAGAUUUUCCAUUCUCUACCUAAAGAACUAGGAAUGACGAAACAUAUAGUAGAACAAUAUUUAUCAAUAUUAACAGAAGAUUCUGUAGAUGUUAUAAGUAAAGUCUGUGAUAGUAGUGGUGGUCUUUAUGUUAUAAAUAUUUUUAGGGUGCUAAAAUCAUUAUGUCAAGCUCAUAUUGAAUCUUUUGUUCAAGAAAGAUUUGGUUCAAAGUGUUUGAGAAUAUUUCGAGUUUUAAUUCUAAAGAAACACUUAGAACAAAAACAGAUAGAAGAAUAUGCUAUGAUACCAACCAAAGAAGCUAAAGAACUAUUAUAUAAUAUGUUUGCUGAACAUUUUAUUACUCUUACAGAAAUAUCAAAAACAGUUGACCAUGCCCCAUCCAGAACGUAUUAUGUAUUCCGUGUAAAUAUAGAUCAAGUAGCUAGGAUUAUACUAGAAAAAUGUUAUAAGGCUGCAGGGAAUGCUAUAAUACGCAGACAGAUGGAGGUAGCUAAACAUAAACGUGUUCUAGAUAAACAAGAACGUGUUGAUGCUAUUAUAGCAUCUCUAGAUCAGGCUGGUGCUGAUGAAGCACAGAAAGAAGAGAUUAAAGAGACAAUUACACCUCCAGAAAAAGAACAAUUAGAAAGAUGCAGAACUACUGUCAACAUGUUAGAACAGAGUGAAAUACAAACAGAUGAAACUAUAUUUAUAAUAGAAACCUAUCUGUAUUAUUCUUUACUUAAUACUCCCAUUAAAUAAUAUUUAUAAAAACUC